GAUUGCCAACCAUUUUUGCAGCGCAAAGGAAGUGGCCAAUGCUCGUCAGAACAGAACUCUAAUCUCUCUCCCCAAAUGGCCUCUGCUUCAUGCUCGGCAGCGCAUUCACUUGCCUUCAUAUCCACUCAAAAGCCACGGACAAUAUCCCAUGCUGCGACUUACAAUCACAAGGCUUUUUCUAACCAUGGUGCGUUUCAAGACAGCUCCAUCGCCAAAUUUCUCCCCGUUAAAGCCAAGGCUACCCCAAGGAACCGAAACACCAAACCGAAUAGUGUGAUCUGUGCUGAUUGCGAUGGAAAUGGCGCAGUUCUGUGCUCUCAAUGCCAAGGCAGUGGAGUGAACUCUGUUGAUUUCUUCAAUGGACAAUUUAAAGCCGGUGACUCCUGCUGGCUUUGUGGGGGCAAAAAGCAGAUGUUGUGUGGAAACUGCAAUGGUGCUGGCUUCAUUGGGGGUUUUAUGAGCACCGAUGAUGAAUAGGAUUGCCUUGAUUGUGCUGAAGUUUGGAACUGAAUUCCAAAUUCAGAAGUCAGCGGUGGCCCUAGAGCCUAGACUGCCUUCAGAGGUUUAGAGCAAGAUGAUUUAAUAUGUAUAUAUACUUAGGAAGUCAUGCAAUGGGGGCUGCCUGUAUAUGAACCACCAAACAUUAAAUUGACUCAGGUUAAUCUUUGCAGAAUUUGAUGUUUGCUCAA